AUGGCGAAACAAGAAACUCGCGUGAAGGAUCUGGAAACAGACCUGAACAUGCACUCAGAUAAGAUGACAAAUCUGGAGGGAGAUGUUGUCAACAAAGGAUCGGUGUUGGUUAGCGAUGGGUCACAGCCAGGCCACUCCCUGCCGGAUGUAGAAAAUGACAUAGAGGAGGAUGCUCUGCGACGUGUCCACAGAGAGAAAGACUUCAUCUCUCUUCUUUCCUGCACUCCUGAUGCUGUUGCCUACAGAAGCAGGGAAAAUGGAUCUCUUCUCAUCCAGCAUGUUGUCAGUGUAUUCACCGAGUUCGCCAAACAGGAUGACAUUGACAACCUUUUCAGAAAAGUGAUGCAACGCUUUGAUGAUCCUGCUCCUAGUGUAUUUCAGAUGCCAACCAAAGACAGAACCACUCUGCUGAGACGCUUCUACCUGUUCCCUGACAUCUGAGACCUCGUUCCCUGUUCUUGGUGCUUUAUUUCCACAUUCCAGGCUAUGAUGGAUCAUAAUUAAUAAAUGAGGUGGAGGC